GCAGCAGCUCGUGGGCGCGAGGGCCCCACGGUUCUGGCCGGGCACCAUGGCCUCUCGGGCCGGCCCGCGAGCGGCUGGCACGGACGGCAGCGACUUUCAGCACCGGGAGCGUGUCGCCAUGCACUACCAGAUGAGAGAGAGGAAGAGAAUGGGCAUGCCAGGGCCUCCAGCCACCGCAAAGAAACUCCAGACGCAUGUGCCCCCGUGUGCUAAUUGUUACUCUCAAGUAUGAAAUCAAGAAGCUGAUCUACGUGCAUCUGGUCAUAUGGCUGCUCUUGGUUGCCAAGAUGAGCAUAGGACACCUGAGGCUCUUGUCACAUGAUCAGGUGGCCAUGCCUUAUCAGUGGGAAUAUCCCUAUUUGCUGAGCAUUGUGCCAUCUCUCUUGGGCCUGCUCUCUUUUCCCCGCAACAACAUUAGCUACCUGGUGCUCUCUAUGAUCAGCAUGGGACUCUUUUCCAUUGCUCCCCUCAUUUAUGGCAGCAUGGAGAUGUUCCCUGCUGCACAGCAACUUUACCGCCAUGGCAAGACCUACCGCUUCUUAUUUGGUUUUUCUGCUGUCUCUGUUAUGUACCUGGUAUUGGUACUGGCAGUCCAAGUGCAUGCCUGGCAGCUGUACUACAGCAAGAAACUACUAGACUCUUGGUUCAUCAGCACACAGGAGAAGAAGCGUAAAUGAAGCCUGCCUGAUGGACUCCACUGACGGCUGAAACCUGGGCCUUCCACUAAGAAGAGUGAAGGGUAGAGAAGCUGUUCUGAAAUCUCUUCUGUUGACUUGGGCAGCUGUGGUGUUUGUACCAAAUGCACACUAGGUUCAUAUUUUGGCCUAGAGUUUUCCUGUUGCCAUCUGCUGAGGUAGUGAAGCUAUAUUUAAUUUAUUCCUAACUGGUUAGAAGGGGUUGACCAACAGCUAUGAAACAGAUUGCAUCUAGUUGAAGUUAAAGCCCUUCAGGGUUUUUGUUUAAAAUCGAGCCUUAUCCUUGCCUCCCAUGGUCAUUUCCCCCUCUUCCAUUCAUCACCCCUUUACAACUAAGACUGAAAGAACUAAGGAAUAAAUCAAAUCUACUUAAUUCUGUGGGUCACAGGGCAGGAAAUAUUUGGGAAGCUGCUCCCCCUGCAGGUUGUGUUCUCUACUGCGAACCAUUUUAUUAAAGAGAAUUUCAAUAAAAUUAAUACUGUCUUGUCCA